UGGUAAUAUGUGGCCUGUUGUCCCCACAGCCAACACUGACAUUAACGUCUACUGUGGUAAUGUGUGAUCUGUUGUCCCCUCAGCCAACACUGACAUUAACGUCUACUGUGGCACAAAUCGCAUGGAGCUCCAUAUCUUGCUAUGUCCUGUCUACUUUGGUGGAUACAAUGAAACACUGAUGUCCCUCAACGCUCAGUACUUCAAGGGAGAGUGCCGGGGGACACCCGAUUGGACGGUUGACCCGCCUAUUCUGAAAUACAACUUCUCCAUCACAGAGGAGGCGGUGUCUGCCUGCAACAACAAAAUAAAGAUCACUCAGGAGGUGGGUUCUGGGCUCUUUGCGGAUUUCUCCAGCGUUCAGUUUGUCAACAUCUCGGGCAUGAUCAACUCUCUGGACCCCAGUGCGGGAACGAUCACCUACCGCCAGGAAAUGAUUUACAAAUUCUCCUGCCGCUAUCCACUCCAGUACUUGGUCAACAACACUGAGAUGACCGUGUCUGGGGUGAGCCUAGCAGUCAAAGACAGCAAUGGGAGUUUCAUCAGUACCCUGAGUAUGAUGCUCUACUCGGACAGGUUCUACACAACCCAGCUCAAGGUCCCUGAGGGAGGCUUGACGUUGAAGACACGCAUCUUUGUGGAGGUCAAGGCCACCAAUCUCACUGGAAGGUUCAACGUGUUGUUGGACCGAUGCUAUGCCACAACCAGUCCUUACCCCGUCAACAGCACUUAUUAUGACCUCUUUGUUGGGUGUAACCGGGAUGGCCAGACGGUGAUGGGGGUGAAUGGGCAACAGCAGGAAGCUCGUUUCUCGUUUGAGGCCUUCCGCUUCGUCCAGCACAAGAACAGGACGUUGUCCACUUUCUACCUGCACUGCUCUACCAGACUCUGUGAGAGGUCCGUCUGCACCUCGCUGCAACAGAACUGCACGGACAUCAGCUCAAGGAGGAAGCGGGAGGUCCAGGACACGUCUGUGUCCGACACAGCCACAGUCAGCUCCGGCCCCAUCCGCACCCAAGUGGACAACGGUGAUACUGUCGGAAUUGUAUCUGAAGUUUCCGAGCAGUUGGGUGGAAAACACAGAUCCUUGCAAGGUGUUGCCAUAGCAGCAGGGAUUGUUGGCGCACUCUGUAUCUCCAUGGUAGCCUUCAUUGCGUACUGGAUCAUUGUGCCAAGGACCAUUGGGGCCACAGAGACGAGAAUGCUCUUCACUACAAAAGAGUGACAGUUUAGGGGAAGGCUUUGCCCUGUUACUCUUAAGGUGGUUUCCUAUGUCCUAGUUCUUAUGAUCACUGACUUAAGUAGGUGGGUCAGUGACAGUGCAAUAACUUAAUUAAUAUAUCUGUAACCUGCACAUAUAGCAUUGCAUGUUUAAAUUGUUUAUUUCCAUUUUAAAGGCAUGUAAAGUCUGGUAUUAAGGCUAUCUUCUUUGUCUGGGGGUAAGGUCAAGUAUAAAUGGAUGCUAUUCCAUAUCUAUUAUCAUAAUCCAAAAUGUCAAAUCAAACAUGACUACCUAUUUUGGUGUAUUAGUUUCAAGGGCUUCUUCGAUGCUGUCCAUCAAAUCAUAUUUAAAUGCAAAUUUUCUAUAACCUGUCUCUUUCAAUUUCCCAGUCUUUACAAAUACUGGUGUAUAAAACCACUCGAUAAAGUUUUUAAAAGUAAAAUGGCCUGUUUUUCCCAUGAUGUUUCAUAAUCUGUCCUGCUGCCCUUGAAGUUCUCUAGCCUCAGACUACCAGACAAUUACACAUUCAAACAGGCCGUUCUGGAAUUUAAACUAUGAAUUAGAGCGAAACCAUUACCUGAUUACAGAAUGGACCCUAGCCCAAAGUUACAAUGGUACCGUUGAAUGUGUAUUUGUAGACACUUUAUUUUUUUAAAGACAUGGAUGAGGGAAUAAAUACACAUGCCACUGUUCAUCCAUCCAUCAUUUCAGUAAAAAAAAAAAACAGUCUUAAAAAACAUUAAUUAAAAGUUUAGAAA